AGGCAAAAUGAUUGAAGAAUAUACAGCUUCUGAACAAAGUGCAAGUGAAGAAGGUGAUUUAAAAGAGUUCCCGUCAUCACAGAGUGAAGUUUCAGUUGAAAGUGAAGAUAUCACAACAGAAUCUGAAGGAUCGAUGGGGGUUGACAUUGCAACAAGCUCAUUCCUGUCACAACCAUUAGAUGCUAGACUUAGCCCAGAGCAAGUAAAGGAAAUACCUGGUGAUGAAGGGGUUGAAGCAGAAACUGGCCAAAUUGUUUUGGAACUUGAAACAGCUUCAUUGGAUAAACCUGAAGUCCAGGUUGGAGAACAGGAUAUCACAUACACUACCGAGUUUUCACAAGAGAUCAUUGGUGGAUUGGAUCAAUCUCAACUUGUUCCAGGGGAAAUAACUUUAACAUUUGAUACAGCUGCAAUGGAGCAACAAAAGGAAACUCUUAUACCAGUGCAGAGCAUCACCGAAAAACAGGAAGAAACACUGACGGUUCAGGUUACUGAGAAACCAACUUCUUUGGAUGAUCUUUCUGAGGAACAAAAACAAUUAGUAGAAGCUUUCCUUGAGGUGAGACCAGAGACCAAGAUUGAACCACAAAGCACAACAAUGGAAAUUGAGGUCACAAAAGAUGAACCUGAAACACAACCAAGCAGUUCAGUUGAUCUCACCGAAGAACAAAAGGAAUUGGUUGAGGCAUUCUUAGAAAUCAGACCUGAAACAAAAUCCAUUCAACAGACUGAAACUAUUGAGCUUGAAAUCACUCAAGAUGAAAUAACACAGAAGCCUUCUAGUCUAGCAGACCUGACUGAAGACCAAAAACAACUUGUAGAGGCCUUCCUUGAAGUCCAACCAGAGACUCAAAUUCAGCCAUCAUUAGAGACCUUCAGAGUUGAGGUAAUUCAGGACAAAGUUCUCACUAAAUCUAUAACAUUAGAUGAACUUCCCAAGGAGCAGAGAACCUUAGUCGAGGCUUUUAUACAGGUCAGACCAGAACUACAAAUUGGACAACAAAUCGAAACUACAGAACUAGAAGUAGCACAACGAGGAACAGAAAUAAGGGCUAAGUCACCAGAGGAGAUAAAGGAGGUGAGACAACAACUUGUUCAAUCUUUCCUGGAAGUCAAACCUGAGACACAAGUGCAACAACAGGCAAUUCAAUUACAUGUAGAUACUGCCAAGGGCCUCAUGACUAUUGAACAGACAACAGUUCCUUUUGAAAAGGUUCCUGAUCAGGAAUUAUCCACAAUUGAGAUUGAAACCCAACCAGAGGUAGGGGAAGCCCCUCAAUUCACCAAUACAUUAGAGAGCCAAGUAGUCAUUGAAGGAAGUCAACUACAUCUUGAAUGUAAAGUAACUGGAACUCCAAGACCAGAGGUUUCAUGGCUUGUUGAUGAUGAACUUAUUGAAGACACAGCUACUUACAAAAUGGUAUAUACUGAAGACCGUACAUGUGCCUUGACAAUCGAGGAGACCUUUCUUGAAGAUGAAGGCGAAUACAUGUGCAAGGCUGUUAAUGAAUUUGGUGAAGCCACAACAUCUGCAGAUGUUUCAAUUGGUACAGAACAAUCAACACCUGAUAUAUUUAGAAUUGAGGUAAUUGAAGAUAAUAUUGUUACAAAGUCUGUCACAAUGGAGGAACUGACUGAGGAACAAAGAAACUUGGUUAAAGCUUUCAUCCAGGAAAGACCAACAAUCCAGGUUGGAGAGCAAAGUGAAAUUCUAGAAUUAGAAACUGCACAAGAAAGACAUCAAACUAAACCUAAAACAUUGUCUGAAUUACAGGAAUCUCAGAAACAAUUAGUAGAGGCCUUCCUAGAAUUUAAACCUGAAGUUCAAGUUAAGCAGCAAGAAAUCCAGCUGCGAGUUGAUACUGCUAAGGGACUUAUGACAAUUGAGCGCACAACAGUUCCAUUUGAAGAAGUUCCCGAACACCAUAUCUCUACUGUUGAAAUUGAAACAAGACCUGAAACGCUUGUCCAACCAUCUUUGGAAUCAUUCAAAGUUGAGGUUAUUCAAGACAAGGUAUUGACAAAAUCUGUAACUAUUGAUGAAUUAUCAGAGGAACAAAGGCAUUUAGUUGAAGCUUUUAUACAAGUGAGACCCACUGUCAAAAUUGGAGAACAGACAGAGGCUGUUGAACUUGAGGAAACAAAAGAAGGAUUUGAAAUGAGAGCCAAAUCUCCUGAAGAAAUGCAAGAAGUUCAAAAACAACUUGUUCAAUCAUUCUUGGAACUCAAACCAGAGGCACAAGUGCAACAACAGGAGAUACAAUUACAUGUUGAUACAGCCAAGGGGCUUAUGGUUAUUGAACAAACAACUGUCCCAUUUGAACAUAUAACUCAACAGCUAUCAACUGUUGAUAUUGAAACUAGACUCGAAACUCAGGUUCAACCCUCAACUGAAACAUUCAGAGUUGAAGUUAUUGAAGACAAGGUUGUCACAAAAUCUUCCACUUUGGAUGAGCUGACUGAAGAGCAGAGACAUCUAGUUGAAGCCUUCAUUCAAGCUAGGCCUGCAGUGCAGACAGAACAACAAGCUGAAGUUCUAGAAUUAGAAGUCACUAAAGAAGGACUCGAAGCAAAACCAAAAUCACUUGCUGAUUUACAAGAGGUUCAAAAACACCUCGUGGAAGCCUUCUUAGAAUUCAAACCCGAGGUCAAAGUUAAGCAACAAGACAUCCAACUGCGUGUUGAUACAGCUCAGGGCCUAAUGACAAUUGAACGCACAACUGUUCCAUUUGAGGAAAUCCCAGAAGAACAUGUGGCAACUGUUGAAAUUGAAUCAAGACCUGAAACACUUGUCCAACCAUCUUUGGAAUCAUUCAGAGUUGAGGUUAUUCAAGACAAGGUUUUGACAAAAUCUGUAACUAUUGAUGAAUUGUCAGAGGAACAAAGGCAUUUAGUUGAAGCGUUUAUACAGGUCAGACCUACUGUCAAAAUUGGAGAACAGACAGAGGCUGUUGAACUUGAGGAAACAAAAGAAGGAUUUCAAAUGAGAGCCAAAUCUCCUGAAGAAAUGCAAGAAGUUCAGAAACAACUUGUUCAAUCAUUCUUGGAACUCAAACCAGAGGCACAAGUGCAACAACAGGAGAUUCAAUUACAUGUAGAUACAGCAAAGGGACUUAUGGUUAUUGAGCAAACAACUGUUCCAUUUGAACAGAUAACUCAACAGCUAUCAUCAGUUGAUAUUGAAACUAGACUUGAAUCUCAGGUUCAACCUUCAACAGAAACAUUCAGAGUUGAAGUUAUUGAAGACAAAGUUGUCACAAAAUCUUCCACUUUGGAUGAAUUGACUGAAGAGCAGAGACAUCUAGUUGAAGCCUUUAUUCAAGCUAAGCCUGUAGUACAAACAGAACAACAAGCUGAAGUUCUAGAAUUAGAAGUCACUCAAGAAGGACUUGAAGCAAAACCAAAAUCACUUGCUGAUUUACAAGAGGUUCAAAAACACCUCGUGGAAGCCUUCUUAGAAUUCAAACCCGAGGUCAAAGUUAAGCAACAAGACAUCCAACUGCGUGUUGAUACAGCUCAGGGCCUAAUGACAAUUGAACGCACAACUGUUCCAUUUGAGGAAAUCCCAGAAGAACAUGUGGCUACUGUUGAAAUUGAAACAAGACCUGAAACACUUGUACAACCAUCUUUGGAAUCAUUCAGAGUUGAGGUUAUUCAAGACAAGGUUUUGACAAAAUCUGUAACUAUUGAUGAAUUAUCAGAAGACCAAAGGCAUCUAGUAGAGGCUUUUAUACAGGUGAGACCCACUGUCAAAAUUGGAGAACAGACAGAGGCUGUUGAACUUGAGGAAACAAAAGAAGGAUUCGAAAUGAGAGCCAAAUCUCCUGAAGAAAUGCAAGAAGUUCAGAAACAACUUGUUCAAUCAUUCUUGGAACUCAAACCAGAGGCACAAGUACAACAACAGGAGAUACAAUUACAUGUUGAUUCAGCCAAGGGGCUUAUGGUUAUUGAACAAACAACUGUACCAUUUGAACAAGUACCAGAAUCCCAACUUUCAACUGUACAAAUUGAACAAAUGCCUGAUAUAGAAGCUCCAAAGUUUGUAUCUGUUCUUGAAAAUACAGUUGCAAUUGAGGGGAAAUCUUUACACCUUGAAUGCAAAGUUGAGGGGACUCCUAAACCUGAUAUAACAUGGCUUGUUGAUGAUGAAAAGCUAGAAGACACUUCCAUAUACAAAAUGGUAUUUACUAAAGAUUGUAUGUGUGAGUUAACCAUUCAUGAGGUUUUCCCUGAAGAUGAGGGAGAAUAUUCAUGUAAAGCUGUGAAUGAGUUUGGAGAAGCCAUAACCUCUGCUGAAGUAACUAUUCAGGCAGCUGAUAUGAUAGAACCAACAGAGACUAGAAUUGAGACAGAGAUUCAACCUACAGUUGAAGUACUAAGGGUUGAGGUUAUUGAAGAUAAAGUUCUUACAAAGUCUAUGACUAUUGAUGAACUAACAGAAGAGCAGAGGCACCUUGUUGAGGCAUUUAUUGAAGAAAGACCAACAAUUCAGGCUGUUGAACAAACAGAGAGUUUAGACUUAGAUGUCACUCAAGAAGGUUUAGAAUCGAAGCCAAAGUCUUUGGCCGAGCUACAAGAAACUCAGAAACAUCUAGUAGAAGCCUUUUUGGAGUUCAAACCUGAGGUCAAGGUUAAGCAACAAGACAUCCAAUUGCGUGUUGAUACUGCCCAGGGCCUAAUGACGAUUGAACGCACAACUGUUCCAUUUGAGGAAAUCCCAGAACAACAUGUGGCAACUGUUGAAAUUGAAACAAGACCUGAAACACUUGUCCAACCAUCUUUGGAAUCAUUUAGGGUUGAAGUUAUUCAAGACAAAGUUUUGACAAAAUCUGUUACUAUUGAUGAAUUGUCAGAAGAGCAAAGGCAUCUAGUUGAAGCUUUUAUACAGGUGAGACCCACUGUCAAAAUUGGAGAACAGACAGAGGCUCUGGAACUUGAGGAAACAAAAGAAGGAUUUGAAAUGAGAGCCAAAUCUCCUGAAGAAAUGCAAGAAGUUCAAAAACAACUUGUUGAAUCAUUCUUGGAACUUAAACCCGAGACACAAGUCCAACAGCAGGAGAUUCAAUUACAUGUGGAUACUGCCAAAGGACUUAUGGUUAUUGAACAAACAACUGUUCCAUUUGAACAGAUAACUCAACAGCUAUCAACAGUUGAUAUUGAAACUAGACUUGAAACUCAGGUUCAACCUUCAACUGAAACAUUCAGAGUUGAAGUUAUUGAAGACAAGGUUGUCACAAAAUCUUCCACUUUGGAUGAAUUGACUGAAGAGCAGAGACAUCUGGUUGAAGCCUUCAUUAAAGCUAGGCCUGCAGUACAGACAGAACAACAAGCUGAAGUUCUAGAACUUGAAGUCACUCAAGAAGGACUAGAAGCAAAACCAAAAUCACUCGCUGAUUUGCAAGAGGUUCAAAAACAUCUAGUGGAAGCCUUCUUGGAAUUCAAACCUGAAAUUAAGGUUAAGCAACAAGACAUUCAACUGCGAGUUGAUACUGCUCAGGGUCUUAUGGUUAUUGAGCGUACAACUGUUCCAUUUGAGGAAGUACCAGAACAACAUGUGGCUACUGUUGAAAUUGAAACAAGACCUGAAACACUUGUACAACCAUCUUUGGAAUCAUUUAGGGUUGAAGUUAUUCAAGACAAAGUUUUGACAAAAUCUGUAACUAUUGAUGAAUUGUCAGAAGAGCAAAGGCAUCUAGUAGAAGCUUUUAUACAGGUCAGACCAACAGUUAAAGUUGGAGAACAGACUGAGGCUAUUGAGCUUGAGAUAACAAAAGAAGGAUUUGAAAUGAGAGCCAAAUCUCCUGAAGAAAUGCAGGAAGUUCAGAAACAACUUGUUCAAUCAUUCUUGGAACUCAAACCAGAAGUACAAGUACAACAACAGGAAAUUCAAUUACAUGUGGAUACUGCCCAAGGACUUAUGGUUAUUGAGCAGACAACUAUCCCAUUUGAACAGAUAACUCAACAGCUAUCAACAGUUGAUAUUGAAACUAGACUCGAAACUCAAGUUCAACCUUCAACUGAAACAUUCAGAGUUGAAGUUAUUGAAGACAAGGUUGUCACAAAAUCUUCCACUUUGGAUGAUUUGACUGAAGAGCAGAGACAUCUAGUUGAAGCCUUCAUUCAAGCUAGGCCUGCAGUACAGACAGAACAACAAGCUGAAGUUCUAGAACUUGAAGUCACGCAAGAAGGACUAGAAGCAAAACCAAAAUCACUUGCUGAAUUACAGGAUGUGCAGAAGCAUUUAGUAGAAGCCUUCUUAGAAUUCAAACCUGAGAUAAAGGUUAAACAACAAGAUAUUCAACUGCAUGUUGAUACAGCUCAAGGCCUAAUGACAAUUGAGCGCACAACUGUUCCAUAUGAGGAAGUUAAAGAUCAACAUGUCUCAACCAUUGAAAUUGAAACAAGACCUGAAACACUUGUACAACCAUCUUUGGAAUCUUUCAGAGUUGAGGUUAUUCAAGACAAGGUUUUGACAAAAUCUGUAACUAUUGAUGAAUUAUCAGAAGAGCAAAGGCAUUUAGUUGAAGCUUUUAUACAGGUCAGACCAACAGUUAAAGUUGGAGAACAGACUGAGGCUGUUGAACUCGAGAUAACAAAAGAAGGAUUUGAAAUGAGAGCCAAAUCUCCUGAAGAAAUGCAAGAAGUUCAGAAACAACUUGUUCAAUCAUUCUUGGAACUCAAACCAGAAGUACAAGUACAACAACAGGAGAUUCAAUUACAUGUGGAUACAGCCAAGGGACUUAUGCUCAUUGAGCAGACAACUGUACCAUUUGAACAAGUACCAGAAUCUCAACUUUCAACUGUACAAAUUGAGCAAAUACCCGAUAUAGGAGAAGCACCAAAGUUUGUAUCUGUUCUUGAAAACACAGUUGCAAUUGAAGGAAAAUCAUUGCACCUUGAAUGUAAAGUUGAUGGCACUCCCAAACCUGAUAUAACAUGGCUUGUUGAUGAUGAAAAGCUAGAAAACACUUCCAUAUACAAGAUGGUAUUUACUGAAGAUUGUAUGUGUGAGUUAACCAUUCAUGAGGUUUUCCCUGAAGAUGAGGGAGAAUAUUCAUGUAAAGCUGUGAAUGAGUUUGGAGAAGCCAUAACCUCUGCUGAAGUAACUAUUCAGGCAGCUGAUAUGAUAGAACCAACAGAGACUAGAAUUGAGACAGAGAUUCAACCUACAGUUGAAGUACUAAGGGUUGAGGUUAUUGAAGAUAAAGUUCUUACAAAGUCUAUGACUAUUGAUGAACUAACAGAAGAGCAGAGGCACCUUGUUAAGGCAUUUAUUGAGGAAAGACCAACAAUUCAGGCUGUUGAACAAACAGAGAGUUUAGACUUAGAUGUCACUCAAGAAGGUUUAGAAUCGAAGCCAAAGUCUUUGGCCGAGCUACAAGAAACUCAGAAACAUCUAGUGGAAGCCUUUUUGGAGUUCAAACCUGAGGUGAAAGUUAAGCAACAAGACAUCCAAUUGCGUGUUGAUACAGCUCAAGGCCUAAUGACGAUUGAACGCACAACUGUUCUAUUUGAGGAAGUACCAGAACAACAUGUGGCAACUGUUGAAAUUGAAACAAGACCUGAAACACUUGUCCAACCAUCUUUGGAAUCAUUUAGGGUUGAAGUUAUUCAAGACAAAGUUUUGACAAAAUCUGUAACUAUUGAUGAAUUGCCAGAAGAACAAAGGCAUUUAGUUGAAGCAUUUAUACAGAUGAGACCUACUGUCAAAAUUGGAGAACAAACAGAGGCUCUUGAACUUGAGGAAACAAAAGAAGGAUUUGAAAUGAGAGCCAAAUCUCCUGAAGAAAUUCAAGAAGUUCAAAAACAACUUGUUGAAUCAUUCUUGGAACUUAAACCUGAGACACAAGUCCAACAGCAGGAGAUUCAAUUACAUGUGGAUACUGCCAAAGGACUUAUGGUUAUUGAACAAACAACUGUUCCAUUUGAACAGAUAACUCAACAGCUAUCAACAGUUGAUAUUGAAACUAGACUCGAAACUCAGGUUCAACCUUCAACUGAAACAUUCAGAGUUGAAGUUAUUGAAGACAAGGUUGUCACAAAAUCUUCCACUUUGGAUGAACUGACUGAAGAGCAGAGACAUCUAGUUGAAGCCUUUAUUCAAGUUAGGCCUACAGUACAGACAGAACAACAAGCUGAAGUUUUAGAAUUAGAAGUCUCUCAAGAAGGACUUGAAGCAAAACCAAAAUCACUUGCUGAUUUGCAAGAGGUUCAAAAACAUCUAGUGGAAGCCUUCUUGGAAUUCAAACCUGAAAUUAAGGUUAAACAACAAGACAUUCAACUGCGAGUUGAUACUGCUCAGGGUCUUAUGGUUAUUGAGCGUACCACUGUUCCAUUUGAGGAAGUACCAGAACAACAUGUGGCUACUGUUGAAAUUGAAACAAGACCUGAAACACUUGUACAACCAUCUUUGGAAUCAUUUAGGGUUGAAGUUAUUCAAGACAAAGUUUUGACAAAAUCUGUAACUAUUGAUGAAUUGUCAGAAGAGCAAAGGCAUCUAGUUGAAGCUUUUAUACAGGUCAGACCAACAGUAAAAGUUGGAGAACAGACUGAGGCUGUUGAACUUGAGAUAACAAAAGAAGGAUUUGAGAUGAGAGCCAAAUCUCCUGAAGAAAUGCAGGAAGUUCAGAAACAGCUUGUUCAAUCAUUCUUGGAACUCAAACCAGAAGUACAAGUACAACAACAGGAGAUUCAAUUACAUGUGGAUACUGCCCAGGGACUAAUGGUUAUUGAGCAGACAACUGUACCAUUUGAACAGAUAACUCAACAGCUAUCAACAGUUGAUAUUGAAACCCGACUUGAAACUCAGGUUCAACCCUCAACUGAAACAUUCAGAGUUGAAGUUAUUGAAGACAAGGUUGUCACAAAAUCUUCCACUUUGGAUGAACUAACUGAAGAACAGCGACAUCUGGUUGAGGCUUUUAUUCAAGCUAGACCUACAAUACAGACAGAACAACAAGCUGAAGUUUUAGAACUAGAAGUUACACAAGAAGGAUUAGAACCAAAGGAAAAAUCAAUUGCUGAUCUGCAGGAAGUGCAAAAACAACUUGUUGAAGCUUUCCUGGAAUUCAAACCUGAAGUUAAAGUUAAGGAACAGGAAAUCCAGUUACGUGUUGAUAGUGCCAGUGGAUUGAUGACUAUUGAACGAAACACUCUUCCAUUUGAGGAAAUGCCUGAGCAACAGAUCUCUACAGUUGAGAUUGAAGGUAGACCAGAAUUGCAAAUACAACCAUUGCUAGAAGCAUUUAGAGUUGAGGUCAUACAAGAUAAGGUAGUAACAAAAUCAGUCACCUUAGAUGAACUACCAGAAGAGCAUCGACAUCUUGUCGAGGCUUUUGUUCAAAGUAAACCAGCAAUCCAAGUUGGCCAGCAGGCUGAGCUUGUUGAAGUUGAAGUCACAAAAGAAGGUAUUGAGGCAAAGCCAAGUUCAGUAGUUGACUUACAAGAAGUUCAAAAACAAUUGGUUGAAGCUUUCCUUGAGAUAAAGCCUGAGGUUCAAACUAAACAGCAAGAAAUUCAAUUGCAUGUUGAUACUGCCCAAGGAUUGAUGACAAUAGAGCAAACUAUUCUUUCACCAGAGGAAAUACAAAGGAGAGUGUCUACCGCUGAAAUGGGAGAUCAGCCUGAGGCAAGAGUUUCAACACAAUCUGUUGAAAUGCAAAUUGAUGUAACAGGUGGUGUUAUUGUUAAGGAACCUGAAUCAGCAGAUGUAGGUGAUAUCACUCUUCAGAUCGAUACCGCAUUAUUAGAACAACCCCAGCCAGCUAUGACUGGCAUGCAAUUGGAGACACUAACUACAGAAAUAACUACAGAUGUUACUUCAGAAUCUUCAGUUCAGCCUGAUUUACUAACUGAGGAACAGAAACAUACAACUGAGUUUUCAAUGCAGUUGGGCCCUGAAACAAGAAUUCAGCAACAGGAAAUGAUUCUAAAAUUAGACCUUACUGCUGAUACAUCACAGGAACAAACACUAACCAUUGAAGCUGGUGACAUAACAGCCAAAACAGACACUGUUGCUGUAGAACCAGUAACAGAAGCUAGAAUUGGAGAACAAGAUGUAACUCUAGAGCUCGACUUAACUGGAGACGUCACAUCUGUCAAACAGGAUGUUGUAGAUACAGGAGAGGUAUCUCCGGUAACUGUAGAAGCUGGUGCUGAAUCUCUCAUUGAGACCAGAAUUGACACACAGAGGCAGGAGAUUACUUUGGAAGUCACUGAAGAACAAUCACCAACUGUUACUGAACAAAGCAUUCAGUUGCCAGAGGAUCAAAGAGAUCUUGUGGAAGCUCUUCUUGAAAUAAGACCAACAACAGCUAUAGAAGAGCAGAAGAGUGAAGUCACUGUAGAAGAAAUUCAAAUAGACCUUAAAGACCGAGAAGAGGAGUUUGUUACAUCUGAUGCUAUUGAAGUUCAAACAGAUGCUGCAGCCCAAGCACCAAAGCCAGCAACUCUAGUGGGUAUGCAGAAGGGAGGGGAACAGUUAGAGGAAAUCUCAUCAGAGAUCACAGAGAAGUCUGAGGUGACAGUUUCACCAGAAACUACCCUCUUUGACGUGGAGUUGGCUGCCGAACUGCCCAAGCCAGAGACACUGGCUGAAGUGCAGCAGCAAGAACAGACAAUUGGGGAGAUUUCAGAUGUAAGCACCCUUGAUGAGGGUAGAGUCUCUCCUGAUGAGAUAACAACUGAAUCAAGUGCAGCUACUAUUGAACUUCCUAAACAGUCCCUAGUGGGACAACAACAAGAUGUAAUUAGCAUAGAACAAACCUCUGAAGCAGGUAUAAUUUUGGAUAUUUCCCAAACAGAGUCCAGUGACAUUAUUGUGCAGUUGGAUACAGCUUCUGCAGAGGCAAAGAAAGAGACACAAUCUCAAAUUCUGGAUGUUACCCUCACAACAGAGGGAGCAGAGGAGCUUACUGUUCAACCAGAAACAGAGGUAGCAACCGCUGCCCUUGAAGCUCUUAAAGAUCUGGCUGAAGCCACAACAGAGCAACAGGUUCCACAGACUAAACCAGUAGAUAUGUCACCAACUGGAGAAGCGAUUUCUGAGUUGACUACUGUUGAGUCCACAACAAUGAUGGUUCAAGUAGAACCAGAGGAACCUCUACAGCAAACUGUCAGUGUAUCAUCCACUGAAGUGUUCACAGGUACAAACUGCUUCAAUGAUGCAUCUCAUAUUAUUAGAUGCAAUUAGACACUAAAAUAAGCAAAUUGUGG